GCUCGCGGACUCUCGCGAGAUUUGGGUUUGAACUGAUAUGUGAGAAGAGAGCAGACGGAUGCCAGUGAGUCAGUGAGCGAGCGGAGGACGGCCCGACAAAACCCGACAAAACAACUCCUUAGAAGCCUUCUUCCUACAACACACUCGGAGUUUUCCGUCUUUAUUUGUCACCUGGAAUGAAAUGCUUUUACGUGGAUGACUUGAAAGAUCAGGUCGAGAUCCAUCCUGGUGACUCCAAACAGACCCGUGUGUCCCAACUUGAGCUGCCUGGCUCAAGGGAGCAGCUUGCAGAGAGUUCACCGCCAUGUCUUAACACCUCACGCUCCCCUCUGAAAACCCUGUCCCCCCUUCCCUCUCUCUCCCCUCCCUCCCCCUCCUCCUCCUCCUCCUCCUCCUUCUCCUCCUCCUCCUCCUCCCCUGCCCUCCCUGUAGAAGCUUCCCAGUCUUUUGAAAACCACAGUGCCUCCUCUGGAGAGAUGAGUCUGCAUCAGCCGCAGCAGCAGGGGUCCGAGAGGGACCUUCCCUCCGCCGCCUCAUCCGUCAGUCUGCCCUCUGUACGGAAGACACCUAAAAAGCGCCGCAUCUCGCUGCGUUCGCUGUUCCGCCGGCGCUGCGGUGACCCCAAAUCCCGCAAGUCACGGGCACUGGCCACCGGGGUGGACGGCAUCGCCAGUGUGGAGAGCGUUCACUCGGAAAUGUGCCAGCAGCAGGAUCACGCCUCGGCACUUUCUGCACCCGGUGUGGCCUCCACCUCAUCUUCAUCCUCCUCAUCCUCAGCCUCCACCUCUGAGCUGCUGGAGUGUCCGCUGUGCCUGCUGCGCCACACCCGAGACCGCUUCCCUGACAUCAUGACAUGCCACCACCGCUCUUGUGCCGACUGCCUCCGACAGUAUCUGCGCAUCGAGAUCUCGGAGAGCAGGGUCAACAUCAGCUGCCCCGAGUGCUCAGAGCGCUACAACCCCCAUGACAUCCGCAUGAUACUCAACGACCGUGUGCUCAUGGAGAAAUAUGAGGAGUUCAUGCUGCGCCGCUGGCUGGUGGCCGACCCCGACUGCCGCUGGUGCCCUGCUCCAGACUGCGGGUAUGCAGUCAUUGCCUUCGGUUGUGCCAGCUGUCCAAAGAUCACGUGUGGUCGAGAGGGCUGUGGAACUGAGUUCUGUUACCACUGUAAACAGCUGUGGCACCCAAAUCAGACCUGCGACGCCGCCCGACAGCAGAGAGCUCAGAGCCUCCGGCUGAGACCCUUCAGAUCCUCGUCACUCAGCUACAGCCAGGAGAGCGGCGCUGCUGCCGAUGACAUAAAGCCAUGUCCCCGCUGUGCGGCCUACAUCAUCAAGAUGAAUGAUGGGAGCUGUAAUCACAUGACCUGCGCUGUGUGCGGCUGUGAGUUCUGCUGGCUAUGUAUGAAGGAGAUCUCUGACCUGCACUACUUAAGUCCUUCAGGAUGCACGUUCUGGGGUAAGAAGCCUUGGAGCAGGAAGAAGAAAAUCCUGUGGCAGUUGGGCACACUUGUGGGCGCUCCGGUUGGCAUUGCACUGAUUGCUGGCAUUGCCAUACCUGCAAUGAUCAUUGGGAUUCCUGUGUAUGUGGGCAGAAAGAUUCAUAAUCGUUAUGAGGGGAAGGACAUCUCCAAGCACAAGAGGAACCUUGUCAUAGCCGGCGGGGUCACAUUGUCAGUGAUCGUGUCUCCAGUGGUUGCUGCUGUCACUGUUGGGAUAGGAGUGCCCAUCAUGUUGGCGUAUGUCUACGGUGUGGUGCCCAUCUCUCUGUGCCGCAGCGGUGGUUGCGGCGUGUCUGCGGGGAAUGGUAAAGGUGUGCGCAUCGAGUUCGAUGACGAGAACGACAUGAACGUGGGUACCGGAGCUGCUGUGACUGACACCACUUCGGUAGCAGAGACCAGGCAUAACCCCAGCAUCGGCGAGGGCAGUGUGGGGGGUCUGACGGGCAGCCUGAGUGCCAGUGGGAGCCACAUGGAGCGUAUUGGAGCAAUGAGAGACAACCUGAGCGAGAACGCCAGCACUAUGGCCCUCGCCGGGGCCAGCAUCACUGGCAGCUUGUCAGGAAGUGCCAUGGUCAACUGCUUUAACAGGUUGGAAGUUCAAGCUGAUGUUCAAAAGGAGCGUUGCAGUCUGAGCGGGGAGUCCGGCACCGUCAGUCUGGGGACAAUCAGUGACAACGCUAGUACCAAAGCAAUGGCUGGAUCCAUUCUCAACGCCUACCUGCCUCUGGACAGCAGGGAUGGGAGCAGUAUGGAGGUGCAGGUGGAUGUGGAGUCCAAGCGAGGGAAGCUCAGGCACCACAGCGGCAGCAGCAGUAUGGAUGACGGCAGCAGCGGAGGACACGGGCCCGGUGUUUGUCCCUCUGGCUGUCCCCACGAGGGCAAGUGCGUUACCUCUCGCUGGGCCAAGGAGCCGUCCUCCACCUCUUCCUCCUCCUCCGGCAAGAAGAGCAAAGGCAAGCUGCGCAAAAAGAGCGGUGGAACCAAGAUCAACGAGACGCGAGAAGACAUGGACGCCCAGCUGCUGGAGCGCCGCAGCACCAACUCCAGCGAGUUAGACUCGCCCUCUCUGAGCGGCAGCCUGCCGUCUGUGGCCGACUCGCACUCCAGCCACUUCUCAGAGUUCAGCUGCUCCGACCUGGACGCCUGCAGACCGCCCUGCUACGAGUCCACCGCCCGACAUCCCAACACGGCCGGAGCGGUCAGCCCGCUUCCAGAGGUCGAGAACGACCGGCUGGAGAACUGUCCUGCUUCUGGGACCCUCCCGCAAGCUGCGGUCACCCCUCUGACCCCUGACGGGGCGGCAGAGCGCCCGCUAUGCUACAUUGCGGAGGAGAAUGUGAGUUUAAUAUGCACGGCUGAUGUGGGCCAGAGUUCGCCUAAAGAACGCAAUAACAACCUUCCUCAGCCGACUAGCCCUGUGCGUAACGCCUGCAUUCAAACAGAGAUAUAAGCAGACACACACAUGCUAGCUUUCACAGCUAACCUUUAUUACCAAGGAUUGAAGAUUUUAAAGCUCGUUUCAUGGAGGUUUAACAUCCCGGUUGGUUGAUUUGUUUUCGAAUGUUGGAGAAGGAGCGCCACUAUUUACAUUGGUCAAGGGCAGGAUGCGCCUCAAGGUUUCAGAAAGCUCGCUGUGACCGAAGCUUACCGUUUGAUCGACAGUCGGUCAGUGCUUACAGUUGGACCCAAGCUCGGAUAAGAUUCAGAAAGGCAACAGAUGAAUGUAAGGCGGCAAGUGAUGCACAGAGACGGAUGAUGAUGCUGAUGUAGCUGUCAAUCACACAUGCCUCUGUUUCAGUGUUUAGUGUCGCCUCACCGGUGAGGAGUGAGUGCGUAGAUAAAGCGUGUACAGCUCGUUUUUCACCCCAAAAUUAAAAGGAAAGAAGAGAAAUAUCAUUCCUUGCAUACCGGAAAUGAAGCCUCUGUUUAGGACGUGCUUGAUUUGUGACAUUCAUGUUAAUUAAAGGGAUAGUUAACCCAAAAAUGAACAUUCUGUCAUCAUUUACCCUGAUGCUGUUUCAAACCUGUAUUUCUUUCUUCUGUGGAACAUAAAAGAAGAUUUUGAAGAAUUUUGGUAACCAAACAGUUUUGGUUCCCAUUGACUUUCAUUAUGUUGCCCAAAAAUACAACUGGAAGUCAAUGGAAACCAAAACGGUUUGGUUACAAACAUUCUUCAAAAUAUCUUUUAUGAACUCGUACAGGUUUGGAACAACGUGAGGAGGAUGAGUAAAUGAUGACUGAUUUCUCAUUUUUGGGUGGACUAUUGCUUUAAGCACAUUUUCUCCCUCUUUCUCUUUAUUGUAGUAUAGUUUUUGUAAUUCCUGGUUAUUCUUUACUAGAUUCUUAAUGCUAAUAAAACAGUAUUAUUGCUGUAAAAAAAAAAAAAAAAAGAGAGAGAAAAAAUCAGCAGUACAAAUGCUACCAUUAUUUAAAUGUAUCUAAUUUUUGCACUACAGUAAUAAGAUUUUUUUUUUCCCAAUACAGUCAUUCGAAUUGCUUAACUUUCAUGAAAAUGUCUCACACCUUUAUCGUUUCUACAAAUAGGCUUCAUUUUCUUUAAAUGUAAUUUCUUAUUCCAUAAUUUUGGACUGGAAUAUGACCAUGACGCGUUUUUGACAGAUACCGUGCGACUUACCUGUGUAUUCAGGAGCACCUUCACUACACAUGUACACACAUAUACUCUCAGUUAGCCAGCAUAUAGCUUUAGUUGGAGGAGUCUGCGACUAUUCAGAGGCGACGAGGAAGUCUGGAGGGAUCCAAUGCUCUUAUCGAGAUGUUGAUACAAGAUGAGCCCAUGAGGGACCAGGCAAUAGUAGAUAUCCCUUUCACAGCAGUGAUUCUUGUACAUGAUUGCGUUUUACUUUUUUUGGGGCUUAUUUUCAUUUCUCUCGUCUGCUGUCACUGCGUUUUUUCCAUUUUUGGGAAAAGUAGAAGCCACUGCUUCAGUGAAGAGCUGGAUGAAGCCGUGUCGCGCCCCCUGCUGGUAGGACAGGGAACUUGACCAAACCCUUUCAUGGGAGGGAGAGUCUGGCCUGUUUAAAAAAAUUUAAAAAAAAUAAAAGUGGUCCUUGCAAAGCCAAGUCCAUAAUUGGCUAUUAUGGAUGCAAUGGGUUUAAAACAAAAAAAAAAUUCAACUACUUUCAUUGUAAAGGCUAUGAUGGUAAUCACAGUCAGGUUGUUUCAACUGAUUAAGUGAUUAUUAUUAAUUUUAUUUUUUUUUUAUCUGUAUUGACUCAUGGUGCCUUUUGGAUCAUAGAUGAACUACAUUUGUUUUCCGGUUUGUGUCUUAUGAAUUCAAAUGUAUUGGAUGAGGCUGCGUUGAAUGUUAGCGAGGCGGCGUAGCAUCGUUUCCUAGCGUCCCUGUGCUAAACGCCUACCAAAGACAGCACUCAGGCUCACUGCUGACGACGACUCCUGCACACUUCAACACACUCACAGUUUACAGACGCCUGCUCGGACUCGUGUGUUUGCACUGUUCAUCGGCUUCAUUUCUGUUGGUCUUUCUUGCUGCCGUUCUGGUGCUGCUCCGUAAUCUCUCGGGACUGAUCCAAUGCCACAAGCUGCUUUGUUUUUGUUCCUUCUAUUUCUUUAGUGGUUUUUUUUUCUUAUGUUUUGAGCCUGCCCAUAUCUGUACGAAUAUUAUUUCAGAGGCUAGGGCCAAUUGAUUUCUAACUUGUUCAAAACAGCUUGUUAUUUGUAUAUUUGCUUUAUAAUAUGCGUGUAAAUGCAUAUCUAAAUGAAAAUAAAAACAUGAAUCCAGA